CCGAGGCCCCAGGCUGGAGCAGGAUGGGCCCCGGGAGCGAUGGCUCCAGGGAAAAACAGAACCCAUGAUGGUCAAGGCCAAGGAUUCCUACAGCGCUUGCAAAAAAUGUGAGGGCCAUCACUGUCAGAGAAACUUGAGCAAAGAACAAGAAAAAAAGUGAAGUAAUUUUUAAUUCCAAGAAAAACAAAAAGUCGUCCAAGAAAGGAAAUUAAUCAUAGUACACUAUGUGCCUUAUCUGGGAACAGCGUUACUGAGUUCUAAUGCUGAACUGAAUAUGGAUUGACCAGAAAUCGUGAGAUGAGUCUGCUGGAGGAACGUGGGGCCGAGAGUCAUCCCCGGCCGGCAUGACCCACGUGUUCGUGUACGGGACCCUGAAGAGAGGCCAGCCCAACCACAAGGUGCUGCUGGGCGGCACCCACGGCCGCGCCGCCUUCCAGGGCCGGGGCCGCACGGCGGAGCCGUACCCCUUGGUGAUCGCUGGAGAACACAACGUCCCGCGUCUGCUCAACGUCCCGGGGCAGGGCCACCGCGUGGUCGGGGAGAUCUACGCCGUGGACGAGCAGAUGCUGCGCUUCCUCGAUGAGUUCGAAGGCUGCCCAGACAUGUACCAGCGCACCCCGCUGCCGAUCGCGGUCCUCGAGUGGGAGGGCACACGCGGCGCCCCCAGGGAGACGCCCGCUGCCGACAGGACCGUGCAGUGCUUCGUGUACAGCACGGCCACCUUCCCGCCCGAGUGGCUGCACCUCCCGUACCACGACAAUUACGACUCUCAGGGGCAGCACGGGCUUCGCUAUAAUCCCCGGGAGAACAGAUGAGAAGUUCCCGGACGCUCAUGGGUGGAGGGCAGAGGACCGUAAGAUGGCCUCGGCGCGGUCCGCACUCGCCGAGUGUGGGGGGCAGUAAUGCCCUUUGAACCAAGUGUUUGUCAAACGUAGUCUGUGGGGAAAGGAACAGUCCCUCUCUCAAUGCAGCAGUUUCCCAAGCCAUCGCACAAGACCGCGCCCUGACAUCCCCCUCGGCCCGCCCCGUUCCUUGCGGCCUAAAGAGCACCGUGAGCUUGGAUGUGCUGGGUAAGAAAAAUUAGGAUUUUGUUUCCCUAAUUGACAUUUCAGGAACUCAUAUGUUCUCAUCCUUUUCUGUUUUUCUUCUUUGUGCUUUGCUUUAAUCUGAAGAUAACAUUUAAAAUGAUCGUAAAGACCAUGUGUUGCAGCUAGAUUUUGGCAGCCCUACUGUACUGAUUCUGACCUGUAGCACUAAGAAAAAAAAUUUUAAGCUCAUUUUGAACGUCUCAAUGUAAUAAAAGAAACUCAAGAAAAA